AUGGGGGCGACAGGACGGGGGAGGAGUCCCCCGCCCUUGGGGAUCGUCGCCACCCUUGGACCCCUCACCCUUGCGGACGUUGAGGGUGGAAAUGGCCGAAGUGAGUCACCCGGUAGAAGCCACAGCCAUUUCGCCUCUUGCUUGGUGCAAGUGCAGACCAUCCUCGUGGUUGAGCGCGGAGUUCAGCGCGUGGGCAGUGUUGGGCACAUUCCGCCGCGCCUCAACCCCACCCGCGGUGGGCGGGGCCCGAGCCAGUCCCACAAAGCCAAGCGGCCGCCAGUUCCUGGGCUGGUGCUUCCGACUGACCGCUCCCGCGCCAUGGAGAUGGGGCGCCGCAUGGACGCGCCCACCAGCGCAGCAGUCACGCGCGCCUUCAGGAGCCGCGGCCACGCAGAUAGACACGGCCUUCCUGCAGCGACGGCCAGUCCGGGUAUCCUUGGCAGCGGCCUGGGGCUCGGGCUGGGAAGCAGCGACUGUAGAGUGAAAAUUGCUACCAAGGCCAAUCCAUGGAUGGGAGUCCUGAAGCCUGACAGUCUCCGGUUCAGCUGGAGCGUCACUGGAAAGCGGCUGCAGUGUCCCGGUGGACCUCUUCUGCACCUCAUGGACCCUGACCACAGCACCCGGGUGGAAGAGCUGCGCGCCUGCCACCAGCUGCCAGGAGAGGGCAAGUUCGUGGAACUUGGCCUCUCCAACUAUGCCGCCUGGGAAGUGGCCGAGAUCUGUAUCCUCUGCAAGAGCAAUGGCUGGAUCGUGCCCACUGUACCAGGUGAGGCCGGGCUGCAGAGGCCAAGGUCUCCAGAACUCCUGCUCAUUCCCUGCCUCAGGCACUUUGGACUGAGUUCUGUACCUCCUAACCCUCUGGCUGGUACGCACCUGACUGGCAAGUACAAGUAUGAGGACAGCGGGAAACAGCCCGUGGGCAGCUUCUUUACAGGGAAUCAGUGGGCAGAGAUCUACAGGAGUCGCUUCUGGAGGAACCACUUCGAGGCAUUGCCUGGUAGAGCCUUGCAGGCUGCAUAUGGCGCCAGCACCCCAGCCACGACCUCAGCCGCCCUCCGGUGGAUGUACCACCACUCACAGCUGCAGGGGGUGCCACGGGACGCGGUCAUCCUAGGCAUGUCCAGCCUGGAGCAGCUGGAGCAGAACUUGGCAGCGGCAGAGGAGGGGGGCCUGGAGCCAGCUGUCGUGGAUGCCUUUAAUCAAGCCUGGCAUUUGUUUGCCCACGAAUGUCCCAACUACUUCAUCUAGGCCCACUGUGGCUCAGGCUGCCCAAGGCUCUUCUGUCACCUCUUGUGCUCUCUCAUGCUUUUUGUAAUUUAGAACUGCCUCAGUAAAUUCUUAGGGACGGAAGUAUUUGGACAAAAACUUAACAGUAGAGUCACCACCAAAUGAAGAAUAAAGCCUCGCAGGAUGCUG